GCAGGAUUUGUCAUGGGCUUUCACACGGUACCACAGUCCGCUCGCUUGGUGUAUUCGCCGCCAUUGGAGCGCUUGGACAGCGACGUGUAUGCCAUAUACUCAGAGGACGCCACGAUGCAGUUCGUUCCCUUCCUAUGCCGGAUGCCUGCCAACGACUGGAAGGAGCGGCGCCAGACUCAUCGAGCCAUGUACCACACCACUGGCACAGGGGCCUUUUUUGAUGUCGUCGAGGCAGAGUCAGGAGACGUCAUCGGGACCAGCGGUUUUCGAGUGGUGGAUGUUGCUGCCGGGAGUGGCGAGUGGGGAGUUGUGAUCUCGUCCAAGUAUCAACGACGAGGGUACUGCAAGGAAAUCCAUGAUGCUUGCAUGGCAUGGGCGUUGAGCCAAGGCGUCGUCACGGCCACUGCAAGAACUUGGAGCUCGAAUGCACGAAUGGUGACACUCCUUGAACAGUAUGGGUACCGAUUCGUGGAAACCGUUGAAAACGACACUGGCACUUGGCGAGCGUACGAACUCCACCUGCCCGUCACGUUGAAGGGUUAAUUUCCCAUCGUUGAGUUUGUGCUAAAUUGCACUUGAACUUUCCACGCGCCGUCGUCCUUGGUGGACAAUUUCGACACGAUAUGCGAUAUAGUGGGCUCUGGAGUAGUAUGUCGUGGACAGUGGCUAGGUUGGCUGCAUUUGGAUGACUCAAACCGUACUGCAUCA